AUGGAGACGCAAAGUCGCCAGACUGCAUCAGCCUAUAUCAACAAUCUACUGUUAUCUCGCGGACUCUUGCGCAAUGGCGCGCCCGUUGAAUUUGCGAAGCCUGAGGAUGCAGACGGCGGCAUCAAUGCUACAAUGACUCAGGUGAUGAAUCUCGUGCAUGACCUGGUACUACGAAGAGAUCGCGAAUCAGACACACUCUCGAACCUCUCGCAAAACAUCCAAACCCUCCGCACGACAAACACCCAACAAAGCCAGACAAUCGCCCGUCUCGAAAUCCGCAACGCGGAUAUCGACCGUCAACUCGCUCUCAUGAACGCACAGGAGCGUUCAGCUCAAGCCACGCUUCGCAGCGCCGAAACCCGCAAUCGGGCGCUGCGAGCUGAGAUGGCAAGACUGAAAGGGAGCGUGGCGCAAAUCCGCGCACAAUGUGCGACUGAUCUGCGAAGAAGAGACCGUGAGAUCACAAGAAUGAAGAAACACCUUGAAGGUCGCAGAGGAAGGGAUGGAACCAGCAAUCAAAUCGGUGUUGUGGUGGUCACACCGGGCUUCAGUCGUAACGGGCAGGCAAAUAAGAACGGGUUUAUAGGCGGAGAGACAGAUCUGAAUAGCCCGGACUACUCCCUCAAAGAGGAGACGACGGAAUUCUUGACACAGUUGAGCCAGGGAUUGAGUGAUGAGAAUGACGCGCUGAUCGGACUUGUCAGGGGCACGUUGGCUACGCUGAGGAGUCUGCAAGGCUUGCCUGCGGAUCAAGGCAGAGAUGCAGAAGUUGGCGGCAAUUGUGAAGGAACAUUUGAUGAGAACGGUGUGAUAGUGGGGCCUCCGAGCUAUGAAGCGCUCGCGACUAGUACGGACGAAGUGCUCGAGCAUCUAAGAGGACUAUUGACCAAUCCCUCUUUUGUACCGUUAGAAGAAGUGGAAAUAAGAGAGGAGGAGAUACAUCGGUUGAGAGAUGGCUGGGAGAUGAUGGCCGAGAGGUGGAGGGAAGCGGUGUCUCUAUUAGGUGGUUGGAAAAAGCGAAUGACGGAUGACGGUGAUACAAUCAAUCUCGAGGAUCUGAAGGUCGGACUUAAGUUGGGCUCUGGGAUUCCCUCGGCACAAGAGGCUCGGCAAUCGCCUUUCAAGGUAACGAAUGGUAUCAGGAACUCGACAGGGUCUGAUGGUUUGGGAGAGAUGCGCAAGGAGAUUGACGAGAUACCCUUUAAUGAUCCCUUGGAGGAGACCGCCAGUGUUAUCGAAGACAUUGAGCAACCGAACAAAGGCAGACCUUUGAGUGAAAGAGAUCCCAACUCAGUCCCAGCGCCGCCUACGCCGCUACAUUCUAUCUCAGCGAUCCUGGAGGAAAAUUCUAGAUAUCUGGAGGUCAGGGAAGACGAUGUCUCGUUACCUGACUUCGCAACCUCCGGAGACGUACAGCCUAGCCCGCCGAAGAUCAAGUCAAGAAUUCCACAAGUAAGUGAAUGUCGCGCAUUAGCGACGUCAUGCUAUGCUGAUAAGGUAGCAGAAACAAGUCCGGCAUUCCUCGCCAGCACCAAGCGUAGCCCAGCGGCUAGAGUUAGCGCAAAAAGAAGCAGAAAACGCCAAGAGGAGAGGAGAGAAGAAGACGAGGCAGCAACUAGCGUCAAAGAGGACCGUGACGAAGAAAUUGAAGGGAAGCAGAAGAAGGAGCACGCUCAGCCCGGAGGAGCUGGAGAAUCUCAUGGGCAUCGUGUGACUCGGAGCAACAUGUUCACACCGUCCUUGCCCGUCCAUAGCUCGAAAUUACGUCCGCUUCCAGCCAAGCCGCUGGAAGAGAGUCGACUCGUGGCAAGCCGUGCCCAAGACGCAUAG